GAAAACAAAGUAAAAAAUGACAGAAACAACAGUGAAAAUGAAAUUUGCUCCAGGUGAGUCUUCUUAGUGUUCUUUCCAUCAAAGUUAUGUUGCCAUAGAGACGUGAUCUCAGAGCAGUGUGACGGAUCAUAUUCAUCAACGGGUCCCUUUAAGAUGACACACAUCAGUGGGCUGACUAAGCUCCUCCCCUUUCUGGCAUCAUCUGAGAGAAAAGAGGAAACAGUUUGUUACUGUUCAGUUCUUCGUGAGAAGAGACGCACCCAAAGACAGACGCUUCACUCAGAGACUAAAUGGCUUCCAGAUCAGAGGAGGAUCUCUGCUUUCCGGUCUGUCAGGACGUCUUUAGACAUCCUGUUCUUCUGUCAUGUAGCCACAGCUUCUGUAAAGACUGUCUGAAGCGCUGGUGGAAAGACAAACAAACAAAGGAGUGUCCACUUUGUAAGAGAAGAUCUUCAAAAGAACCACCUUUAAACCUGGCGUUAAAGAACCUGUGUGAGGCCUUCUUACAGGAGAGAGAUCAGAGAGCUUCAGAGGCUCUCUGCAGUCUGCACUCUGAGAAACUCAAACUCUUCUGUCUGGACCAUCAGCAGCCAGUUUGUCUCGUCUGCAGAGAUUCAGAAAAACACACCAAGCACAGAUUCAGACCCAUCGAUGAAGCUGCACGACAACACAAGAAGGAAGUUGAGGAAACUCUGGAGCCCUUAAAGGAGAAGUUAAAGGUUUGUGAACAAGUUAAAGUGAAGUGUGAACAAACAGCACAACACAUGAAGGUCCAGGCCCGACGCACAGAGAGGCAGAUUAAGGAGCAGUUUAAGAAGCUUCACCAGUUUCUAGAAGAGGAAGAGGAGGCCAGGAUGGCUGCACUGAGGGAGGAAGAGGAGCAGAAGAGUCAGAUGAUGAAGGAGAAGAUGGAGGCUCUGAGCAGAGAGAUAGCAGCUCUUUCAGACACAGUCAGAGCCACAGAGGACGAGCUGAGAGCUGAAGACGUCUCAUUCCUGCUCAACUACAAGGCUGCAGUGGACAGAGUCCAGCAGCGCCCCCUGCUGGAUGAUCCACAGCUGCUCUCAGGAGCUCUGAUAGACGAGGCCAAACACCUGGGCAACCUGACCUUCAACAUCUGGAACAAGAUGAAGGACAUGGUCUCUUACACUCCUGUGAUCCUGGAUCCAAACACUACUAGUCCAAAACUCAUCCUGUCUGAAGAUCUGACCAGUGUGAGACGAGCAGAGGAGAAACAGCAGCUUCCUGAUAAUCCAGAGAGGUUUGAUCACCACUGGUCUUCUCGCGCCUCUGAGGGCUUUAACUCAGGGACUCACAGCUGGGAUGUCGAGGUUGGAGACAGUACACAGUGGGGCCUGGGUGUGUUAGCAGAGUCUGUCCAGGGGAGGGGACACAUGCGGUCUAAAUUAUGGGGAAUACGGAUCUUUAACGGUGAAUACUCAGCAUGGUCACCACCGGAUUUAUCAACUGAUCUCCAACUGAAGAAGAAGCUCCAGAGGAUCAGAGUGAAUCUGGACUGGAACAGAGGAAAGCUGUCGUUCUCUGAUCCUGAUACUAACACACACAUACACACCUUCACACACACUUUCACUGAGAGACUGUUUCCAUACGUUAGCACUGGUAAUAAACUGAAGAUCUUACCGCUGAAGGUCUGUGUGACAGUGGAACAGAGCAGGUAGAGAUCAGCAGGAUGAUUCUGUUUAUAAUGAUGUUUGUGUGACUGAACUGAAGCUGUUGAGCUGAACCUGUCCUCCUGCACCUGUCCUCCUGAACCUGUCCUCCUGCACCUGUCCUUCUGAACCUGUCCUCCUGAACCUGUCCUCCUGAACCUGUCCUCCUGCACC